UAAAUCUAUUGUGGGAAUGUCUAGUUCGGAACAGGUUUUACAGUACAUUUUUAAAGGGCAGAGUAACAAGUGACUUUAGUUGUUCAGGUGCAUUUUAAAGAACAAGAACCGAUUCAGUGUUAUAAAGACAAUGACUCGCAAAAUUUUUAUUUUGAUAUUUAUCACUACACUGCCCACUGUAUGGACAACAUCGGUCACCCCAGAAAAAUUUUUAAUCAAUGUGGGUGAUAUUGGAAAAGUCAAUGAGAAUAGAAAUGAGAACAAAACAAUACAAAAAUUAGUUCAGGAUCAGACCGAUAUAAUAAAAAAAAUUAUAUCGAGCGAGAAAGACAAAAUAAGCGAUCCCAACACGCGAAUUCAACAUGAAACCGUCGAAGAUCUACACAAAAAAUGUGAACAACUAAAAGAAAAGGAAAAAAGUGAACCAAAAACACACAACCACGACAGAUCAACAACUGAAACGCCAAAUCAGCAACGACCAUUUAAUUACUUCUACAUAACACGAAAUGCUUCGCAGCCUGUAAAUAGCCAACUGUUUCCUUACCAGUACAGCAGCAGUCACAAAAACAAUUUGGAGUUGAACACAAAUUCCGUGAAUGUAUUCACGAGCAGGACCGGUAACCCCCCGCCUGCGCAGCUUCAUAAUGGUCAAGCUUUCCCAUCGCCCGACAUCAAAUACGUGCAACUAGAACCUGUGAUGUUGCAGAAAAUGGUUUUAAAUGACGGACAAGAAUUACUCUAUUGGUACAGAAGUCCGGAUUUAAACUCUCAAUAUCUCCCACAAGUACCCGAAACGACGACAAGUGCGCCACCUACCUCGACGCCAUUGCCUACGCAGAAAAUCACACCCCAUUACGAAAUCCAAUACAGCUCUGCGCAAAAGGAGAGCCCGGCGAAGCAACAAAUGAAGUUCGUCAUUCCCAUACAGUACCCGACAGAUGGCGUCGAAAUUUUAAAGCGUUACCCUUGGGAAUUCGAUCCGUACGCCUACUAUCCGAAACCACUUCAACCGUUGACCGUAAGGGUGCCGGUACCGUACGUGCCGAUGUUUCACAUGAUCAGAACCCUAACCAUUCCGGGAAAUGUAAACAAAUCGUAGUUAGUAUCAUGUAAUUGUAACAGUUGUUCCUAACUCUCUACCUCAGCACAUUAAAUGUAUGUUCAGUAGAUUUAAGUCCCUCACUAACUCUUCAAUGAUUAAAAAUCAUUUUAAUCGGCACAUAAUGUAACCAAUUGCACUAAUACACUCUAGUUCUAAGUGAAUCUUUGUAUAUAAUUUUCGUAUGAUUAGGUAAAACGAGCAAACCUUGGCGGGUUGUAGGGGUCGGUUUAGUGCAAUUAUUUAUAUGAGUACGUUUAAGCUGUUAUAAACAAUUCAUGUAUUCAUUUCGUAUUAUUAUUAUAAUUUUUAAUUGAAAUAAAUGUUUAGUUGAAAAAUGAA